ACAAAAACGAAAUUCCCACUUUCAAACCCUCCUUUCAAGUGUCAAGUGCCUUCAAUUGUGUUGGUCUUGAUUCUAUUCUAUUCUUCUAUCGAUACUUCUAUACUUCUUUACUUCUAUUCUUCAUACUUCACUUUAGCUAGCUAGCUAGCCAAAGAAAGCAGUCCAAGCUAUUAGCUAGCUAGAGAUUGAACAUUCAGAUAUUAAUACCCACCAUGAUGAUCAAGAUGACCAUGAAUCUCAAGAUGCUCAAUCAGGUUCAGGUGGUUGUGUGCUGGUUGUUUCUACUGAUGAGCUUGAAUACUAGUAGUACUAGUACUAGUACUAGUAGUCAAGUGAAUGCCCACAUGGGUGAAGCAGAGCACCACAGCGCCCAUGACUUUAACGUGACUACCGAUGCCAAUGGCUGCACCACUGUGGUCCACCGCCAAGAUCCACUGCUCCACAAACCCGUCUACCGCGUCGGAGUCUACGCCAGCGAAGGCGAUCAAGCGGCAUUCGAUUUGUACGGAAAGUUGUUUUCCGAAUAUCUCACCGAGACGGCGGGAAUCCGAUUUGACCCUCCCAUUCGCUUCGAGUUGGUGCCCGUCUCACUCAGUCAGCUCAUGGAACAAGCCCAAGAAGAGGAGGUCGAUUUCCUGUUUGGCAGUUCCGCCAUCUUUUCCUGCAUGGCCACAGAAUACCAAGCUCAAGCACUUGUCACGAUCAUCAAUCGCAGAGAGUCCAGAGGUCAUUCCUAUGACUUGGAUCUGUAUGGAGGAGUCAUGUUUGUCAAAAAGGACAAUCAUCAAGUCAAUACCAUUCAAGACUUUAUAGGCAGGACCAUUGGGGCAGGAUCCAUUACUGCCAUGGGAGGAGGACAGACACAGUUCUACAGUCUAUUUGUCAAUGGAGUUUCUUACGUGGCUGAUCCCAAGCAAGUCAUCUUUACCAAGGAUGAACGACUCGUUGUACAAGGUCUACUGGAUGGAGACUUUGAAAUUGGAUUUGCAAGGACUGAUCAGAUUGAACGACACACGGAUGAACAGGGAAGACCUCUUCCAGAUGACACCUUCAAGAUCAUCAAUCCACAAACACACGUCCUAGACGAUGGAACCAUUUUCCCAUUCGUAUCAUCCACAGGACUGCAUCCAGAAUGGCCCGUUGCCGCACUCCAUCACACGGACAAGACGGUCUCCAAGGAAGUUCAGGAAGCACUACUCGCAUUGACAGAUCAUGCCAUGUCCAUUGAUCUACAAGAAAAUCUACUUUGUCACACUACGCCGCACAUUGCACAACUUGCCCUCGAUGCGGCAACCAGUGGAUACUUUACAGGAUUCCGAACUGCACGAUCGUACUUUGGAGUACGGACCAAACAAGAAUCGGCAGGAUUCAUUUCCAAGGAUCCAGUCUCGGGGGAUCUACACUGCAUUCGAGGAGAUACCCUCUAUCAAGAUAUUCAGUGUCCUCCAGAGCACUACAAACUACCCAAAGAUGAGUUUGAUCGCUCUUGUGAAGUGGCUGGUCUCGAGUGCAAACAAGGAUACGAGUGCUUUUGUCAACCCUGUAUCAAGGCAUUUGAAGUCGAUGUCUUUCAGUACAAUGAAAACAGCGACGGCGAACCGAAUACUAUGCUACAUUUGGCAGGCGGCAGCAACAAUGCAACCACAGCGGUCGCUGCUGCUAGUGCUAGUGCUGCUGCUGUUUUAAAACAGAGUGGAUGUUCCAAAAUGAGUGUGUGCGGAGAAGUACAACAGACCAAGGAAAUCACGCUCCGGGCCAUUGACAAUGUAGAACGAAAAAACGCGCGGGUAGAAGCCAUCAUUCACAUGGAACGGUAUGAUAUAACGCUCGAUGUGUACCGAGUCGGACCCUAUACCUACGAAAUGACGUGGGGUUAUCCAGAAGUCGGGGUCGGCAUUCUUGAGGUCUUUGUCAAUGGCGUACAAAUCCCAGAGUCGCCUCUACGAAUUACAGUCAUCGAACGAGAUUGCAGCAUCGAUUUUGGAGGACGAAACAUGGCUGCGGACGCCAGUGGAAAUUGCCAGUGCGCCGACUCGACGAUUGAGAUUGGAGGGGAAUGUAUUGAUGUUGCCAUCUUUGCCGUCUCGGGAUCCAUCGUGGGAUUAGUCAUCAUUGCCAUUGCCACUAUCUUGUACAUUCGACACAAGAAUCGAAAGAGCGAUGAAGUCUGGCAAGUUUUCCCUGAAGAGUUACACUUUGAUGAUCCUGUUGAAGUCAUUGGACAAGGUUCCUUUGGUGUGGUGGUCUUGGCGGAAUACCGAGGAACCAAGGUGGCUAUCAAACGAGUGCUCAGCUCUCAAAAGAAGAAGGAAGGUUCAAGGGCUGGUACGCAUAGCGGUGGUCGCAGCGGAUCACGUAGCGGUGGUCGCAGCGGAUCACGUAGCAGUUUUCGGAGUCCCAGCACUGAUGGGAGAACAAGCACAGCCGCGAAUCUCGAAAACAUGGGGUUCAACAACGAAGGUUCUGUAGUCGUGGCAGCGGAGGCUUCUAAUACGACGGGCAUUGGUGGUGCCUCCAUUGGGACACAUAGCUCCCACGGCUCGAACGAAGUCGCUGAUCUCGAGGUCGGGACCGUUACAUCGGGUCCACUGGAGAACAGCGGCAUUUUACUCUCCCACGAAACCGGUGGCAUUGGUUCCAAUCUUGUCGCGAAUGACAAUAGCGACUACGUGAGUCGUCGUUUCAGCCUAGCCUUCUUGAACCGUGAACUCAAGGGAAAGAAAAGCAAGUGGGCAAAACUAUUCCCCUGGUGCUUUGGCGACGGAAAUGGCUAUCAAUCCAGGACACUCCACGAAUCUGUGCUCGGUUCAGCAAGUGCUGCAAGAUCCAGUAGAGUGGGUCAAAUGUUUUGCCCCUGUAUCAACAACACCGCCAGGCUACAUGCAGAAUUCAAAACGGAAAUGAGAGUUUUGGCUAGGUUGAGGCAUCCCUGUAUCACCACGGUUAUGGGCGCCGUCCUGACGCGACAUCAUGAUCCCGUCAUGGUCAUGGAGUACAUGGAAUAUGGCUCGCUUCAUGAUUUACUUCGCAACGAUACUAUGCUCCUGACUGGAGAAAUCAUCUUGCAGAUAACUCGAGAUCUUGCCCAAGGAUUGCGCUUUUUGCAUGCCAAUAAACCGCAGCCAAUCUUGCAUGGCGAUCUCAAGGCUCGAAACAUCCUGAUUGACAAUCGCUUCAGGGCCAAGCUAUGCGACUUUGGCUUGUGCACGAAGCGUUCAAGCGAAAUUUCCGGCACUCCGUUUUGGCUGGCGCCCGAGUACUUGUUGGGUGAGAAGUACAACGCAUCAUGCGACAUCUACAGUGUUGGAAUCAUCUUGUAUGAAAUCUUUUCCAGAAAGAACCCAUACGAGGGCGAAAACUUCAAGCAGGUGAUUCGGGGAGUUUGCAACCGAAGAGUGAACAAGCGACCCAAGAUUCCUCCACAGACCCCUCCUAAGUUUGUCGAUCUCAUGAAGAAAUGCUGGAGCCAUGAAAUACAUUACAGGCCUCCGGCACGGGUUUUGGACACGAGCCUUAUGGAGAUGAGCCCAGAAGACGCCGAGCCUCUGGAAGAAGGCGCGGGAGAGACUAUUUGGAAGCGGGCAGAUGCAGCCAUGACCCUCUAUGACAUCUUUCCGAAACAUGUCGCUGAAGCUCUCCAGAAAGGACAAAAGGUUGAGCCUGAAAAACAUGAGCUCGUCACGGUCAUUUUCUCCGAUAUCAUCGACUACACUAAGAUUUCUCGAUAUUUGCCUCCAGAGAAAGUCUGUGAUAUGCUGGACAGGCUGUACGUCGCGUUCGACCACUGCGCUCGAAAUCAUCAGGUGUUCAAGGUGGAGACCAUCGGUGACGCGUGGAUGGGUGUCACGAAUCUUGAAAACAAUCAAGAAGAUUGCCACGUGAAGAACAUUGCCGAGAUGGCUGUUGACAUGGUCAACACCGCUUCACAGAUCAUAAUCGACCCUGACGACCCCGACAUGGGCUGCGUCCGAAUCAGAGUUGGGUUCCACAGUGGAUCCGUCGUCUCCAACGUGAUUGGUUCUCUGAACAAACGGUACUGUCUGUUUGGUGACACAGUCAACACGGCUUCCCGCAUGGAAUCGAAUUCUGCUGUCAACAGGAUUCUUUGUAGUGAACGUUCCUAUGUGCUCCUUAAGAAGCAAGCAAAGAAAAUGCACACCAAACGCCGCGGAACCAUCACAGUCAAGGGCAAGGGUGAAAUGGCGGUGUAUUGGGUGGGAGACAAUCUUCUGAAGCCAAGAAAGGGCAUCAAGGAGAAGACCGUGGAAUUUGAUUUUGAUUCGCAUGCAAAAUCAGAGGGUGCCAGGGAUGCAAGCUUCAGAUCUUCGUUCAAUAUUGGCUCUUCGUUCAAGUCUGCGGAAGCGGAAAACAAGCCAUUCAUGGAAAACAGCGGCUACAUUGGUGAUAUUGACAGGAAUACAGUGCCAAGCUCGCAAGAAACUCCCACCAUGGAUUCGGACGAUGAGUUGGAAGAAACUGGAGACCUUGAUGGCAUCAAAGUAAAGAUGGAAGACCCCAAUGAAGUCAAGGGUUACGACGAUUCUCUGAAUGGUUUUGAGGAUGCCUUGGUGAACAGCGAAUUUGUGGUCGCAUGAGCGGGCUCGGCCCUUUAAAACAGGCGAAGGCAGUUAGUUGUACUGUCCAUUUUUGGUUCUUCAAGAUGGAGCCGGCAGUGUUUUGUUAGUUUUGUAGUUUUGUUAUUCAUGUAAUAUAUUAAUGAAAAUGCGUGCUUCAUGACUCUCUUAGCUAGAGAACUCAAAGAUUGGUA